GCCCCGGCCCCUGGGGUGUCCCCCCGCCACGGCCCAGCCCCGCCACACCCCCCGCCCGCGGCCUCCGCAGCUCGGCAUGGGCGCGGGGGCGCUCGCCCUGGGCGCCUCCGAGCCGGGCAACCUGUCGUCCGCCGCGCCGCUCCCCGACGGCGCGGCCACCGCGGCGCGGCUGCUGGUGCCGGCGUCGCCGGCCGCCUCGCUGCUGACCCCGGCCGGGGAGGCCGCCGCGCCGCUGUCGCAGCAGUGGACGGCCGGCAUGGGCCUGCUGAUGGCGCUCAUCGUGCUGCUCAUCGUGGCGGGCAACGUGCUGGUGAUCGUGGCCAUCGCCAAGACGCCGCGGCUGCAGACGCUCACCAACCUGUUCAUCAUGUCCCUGGCCAGCGCGGACCUGGUCAUGGGGCUGCUGGUGGUGCCCUUCGGGGCCACCAUCGUGGUGUGGGGCGGCUGGGAGUACGGCUCCUUCUUCUGCGAGCUCUGGACCUCGGUGGACGUGCUGUGCGUCACGGCCAGCAUCGAGACCCUGUGUGUCAUCGCCCUGGACCGCUACCUCGCCAUCACGUCGCCCUUCCGAUACCAGAGCCUGCUGACGCGCGCGCGCGCGCGGGCUCUCGUGUGCACCGUGUGGGCCAUCUCGGCGCUGGUGUCCUUCCUGCCCAUCCUCAUGCACUGGUGGCGGGCCGAGAGCGACGAGGCGAACCGCUGCUACGAGGACCCCAAGUGCUGCGAUUUCGUCACCAACCGGGCCUACGCCAUCGCCUCGUCGGUCGUGUCCUUCUACGUGCCCCUGUGCAUCAUGGCCUUCGUGUACCUGCGGGUGUUCCGCGAGGCGCAGAAGCAGGUGAAGAAGAUCGACAGCUGCGAGCGCCGCUUUCUGGGGGGCCCCGCGCGGCCGCCCUCGCCCGCGCCCUCGCCGGGGUCCCCGCGCCCCGCCGCCGCGCCGCUGGCCAACGGGCGCACCAGCAAGCGGCGGCCCUCGCGCCUGGUGGCCCUGCGGGAGCAGAAGGCGCUCAAGACGCUGGGCAUCAUCAUGGGCGUGUUCACGCUGUGCUGGCUGCCCUUCUUCCUGGCCAACGUGGUGAAGGCCUUCCACCGGGACCUGGUGCCCGACCAGCUCUUCGUCUUCUUCAACUGGCUGGGCUACGCCAACUCGGCCUUCAACCCCAUCAUCUACUGCCGCAGCCCCGACUUCCGCAGGGCCUUCCAGCGCCUGCUCUGCUGCGCGCGCCGGGCGGCCUGCAGGGGCCACGCGGCCACCGGGCCCCGGGCGCGCGCCGCGGGCUGCCUGGCCGGGAACGGGCCGCCGCCCUCGCCCGGAGCCGCUUCGGACGACGAGGACGACGACGUCGGGGCCGCGCCCCCCGCGCGCCUCCUGGAGCCCUGGGCGGGCUGCAACGGCGGGGCGGCGGCGGAUAGCGACUCCAGCCUGGACGAGCCCCGCCGGCCCGGACGCUCCUCCGAAUCCAAGGUGUAGGGCCGGG